CGAGGCGCUCGUGGCCCGGGCGACGCGCCUGGCGUUGGGGCUCCCAGGCCGGGGAGGAGCGGUGGCGAGGCGCGGCAGGCGACAUGUCGCUGCCCGCGGAGAAAGCCUCCGAGCUGAAGCAGCUCAUCCACCAGCAGCUGAACAAGAUGGAUGUCCAUGGCAGAAUACGAGAAAUCCUUGCUGAGACGAUACGUGAAGAAUUGGCACCUGAUCAACAGCAAUUAUCAACAGAAGAUUUGAUCAAAGCCCUUAGACGUAGAGGAAUCAUUGAUGAUGUGAUGAAAGAACUUAAUUUUGUUACUGACAAUGUUGAUCAAGAACUCCCUACCUCUCCAAAACAACCUGCUUGUUUUACUGAUAGACAGUCAACGUUGUUAAAAAAAACUAAUAUUGAUCCAACACGGAGGUAUCUUUACCUUCAGGUUUUGGGUGGAAAAGCUUUCUUGGAACAUCUGCAAGAACCUGAGCCUUUACCAGGACAAGUUUGUUCGACCUUUACCUUAUGUUUACAUUUUCGAAACCAACGUUUUCGUUCUAAACCUGUUCCAUGUGCCUGUGAACCAGAUCUUCAUGAUGGCUUUUUACUUGAAGUACAUAGAGAAAGCUUAGGUAAGGAACUUAAUAAAUUUGAUUGUUGGUUCUUUUGUAAUAAACGCAUCAAUGCCUUUUGUGUGCAUGGUACUGUGCUUGCUUUGGAACGUCAGAAAACUGCAGAGAGAGAGCGGUUGUUUCUUGUGUAUGCUAAGCAGUGGUGGAGAGAAUAUUUGCAAAUUCGACCCUCACACAACUCACGACUGGUGAAGAUUUUUGCGCAGGAUGAAAAUGGGAUAAAUAGACCAGUCUGUUCCUAUGUUAAACCACUUCGAGCUGGACGUCUUCUAGAUACUCCAAGGCAAGCAGCAAGAUUUGUUAAUGUCCUGGGUUAUGAGAGAGCCCCUGUUAUUGGAGGAGGAGGUAAACAGGAGCAGUGGUGCACUCUGCUGGCUUUUCUCUGUAGAAACAAGGGUGACUGUGAAGACCACGCAAACCUCCUGUGCAGCCUUCUUCUUGGAUACGGAUUAGAAGCCUUUGUCUGUGUUGGGACGAAGGCCAAGGGAGUGCCUCAUGCUUGGGUUAUGACUUGUGGCACUGACGGAACCAUCACUUUUUGGGAGAGUCUAACAGGACACAGGUACAUCCACAAACCUAUCAAUCCUGAUGGAGCUCCACUUGCUGAGCAGCCUAAACCCUUGUACCCAUAUCGAACAAUUGGUUGUGUUUUCAAUCAUCAGAUGUUCCUGGGAAAUUGUCAGCCCUCUGACUCAGUAGAAGUAUGUGUUUUUGAUUUGAAUGAUGAAUCCAAAUGGAAACCAAUGAGUGAAGAAGCAAUUAAAUCUGUGUGUGCUCCAGGAGCUACAACAUCGCUUCCUCCCUUUCCACCUCUGUGUGCAUCCAUGAUAGAUGCCUCAGUAACAAGUAAUGAGAUGGAAAUGCAGCUACGGCUACUAGUGUCUGAACACAGAAAGGAUCUUGGCCUCACUACCAUUUGGGAAGACCAGCUUUCCUAUCUUUUAUCACCAGCUUUGGCUUCCUAUGAAUUUGAGCGUACGACGAGCAUAUCUGCAGGCAAUGAAGAAUUUCAAGAUGCCAUAAGGAGGGCUGUACCUGAUGGUCACACAUUUAAAGGGUUCCCAAUACAUUUUGUGUAUAGAAAUGCAAGGCGUGCAUUUGCCACAUGUCUUCGGUCUCCUUUCUGUGAAGAAAUAAUCUGUUGCCGUGGAGACCAGGUGCGACUGGCAGUUCGUGUCCGAGUGUUUACGUACCCUGAAUCUGCAUGUGCCGUAUGGAUCAUGUUUGCUUGUAAAUAUCGCUCGGUAUUAUAGGACCAACAUUUCUACAAGAAUUCUACCUAUGUUUUAUUGGAAUUUUACACAUUGUACAUUACUAGCUAUUUUAGAGGUUGUCUGUUUUAAAAUCACAUUCUGGCUUGCAUGUCGUAUUUCAUUUUUGUAUAUACUUGACUGAUAAUGUUUGCAAAAAUAAUGUGGGUAUUUAAAAAUUAAGGAUGAAAAACCUGUAUAUCUGAGUAGGAUUUAGUAUAAAGUAAGUGCAUAUUCUAUUUUAAUAAAUAUUACUUUGUUUACAGAUAUUCAGUAGUUUAAGUACAAAUGUAAAAUUUAUGCAGUUUUCUUUACAUUGAUAAGUAAUCAUAAAGCUAUUUCUCUAAGGAUUUGAGUCAUAGUAAAACCAAUAUGAUCAUUAAUUUUCAUAGAUUAAUGGGAUUAUUUUAUACAGAUUGAGAGAAACUAACCACACAACAGAUUUAUUUAUUACGUAGAUGAAAAUACAUUGUGAUGAAUUAUCACGUUUGUAGUUUACCUUUGGCUCUAGACAUAUUUGUGACUUUCAGAGAUUGAUGAGAAAACCUUGAAACAAGAUUAAGAAAAACUAAUGCCAGAAAAGCAUAAAAAUAUUAAUAAUAAAACUAACCUCACAUGAAAGUACAUGCAUAAUUUAUAAAUAUUUAUUAAUUCUAUACAUUAUAAAAACAAAUUCAGUAUUUUAGAAAAAAAUCUAUUGCACCCCUUAUUAGUUGUCUGUCUCUGAUUUUCUGUGGUCAAAGGAUUCAUUACAAGGCUCUUUCACGGAUUCCAUCUUCUGAAACCACUUUUUCACUCUCUUUUUUCCAUUGUGGUGUUAAAAGCAUCAAAGUAUAUGUGACUAAGUCUGAGACUUAGAACACGCUAUUUGUUUUAAAUUGAGCAAAUUUUAAAAGUUCUAAAAAUGAGCAGAAGUGAGCACUAAAAAGGCUAUAGCAAUUUGACUUUUUGUAAGAAGCUGCAUGAUGGAACUGAUAGGUUUGAUUGUCCAUUUACACCUUGUGCAUGGUUCUUAAUUGGGUUGCUUCAUCCAUCAAUCUUUUUAAAUUAACUGUACACAAGUUGGCUGUGCAAAUUAUUAAUCCUUUUCAUCACUUUAAUUCACCAUUGCAAGCAAAAUGUUUUAGUGUUUUAAAAAAAUUAAAAUCUAAAGGCAUCCUACAUUUACUUUUUAUUUUAUGGUAACUACUUAUGAUUUAGCUUGUUUAAAAAGUUUGAAAAUACUACUAUUCCCUCUUUUGCCAGUUCUUCAUUGAAAAUGAUAAUCAGACCUUCUGAGAGUGACAUGACAAGAGAAUUAGCAAAAUAUGAAUUAAGACGUUUUUAUUUUGUUGCCAAAAUUACACAUAAAGCUAUCAAUGAGAGAAAAUUACUUGUAACAUUCAACUUUUGUGACAAACGGUGAUGUAUGUACGAAAAGGCAGAAUCUAUUAUGAUCAAGUCUGUAUUAAGAUUAAGGCUAGGCUUCCUGCCUUAGUGUAGCAGAGUAACACACGUAUUUUGAAUGUUCCUUUGGUAUAAAUUCUAAAAUAAAUUUGCUUUUUUUGCACUGG